GUCCAUAAGAGAGAAAACAAAAUCGUCAUCGACUCCUCUAUAUAUUGCAGCACAGGUAGGAUGCAUUUCGCGUUCCCUUGCUCCUUCCGCCCGGUCCUUUCGUAGUGUGGUGCAGCAUGUAUUUCCCCGUCGCUUUUGGUCUCUUUUUCUGGCUUCAAGCUACAGCGGCACUUCUCAAUGGCCGAAAGCCAGUGUAUCAACUGAGAAGAGAGGCGGAGCAACGCAAUGCGGCGCGAACACUUGCGAAGCGCGAUGUAAACCCCGAGUCAUUAUACCCAGCAUACAAUAUUUCAGUCCCUGUAGAUUUUUUCCACAAUGAGACACGAUACGAGCCCCAUUCAAACGACACCUUUAAUCUCAGGUACUGGUUCGACGCUUCACAUUACAAGCAAGGCGGUCCAGUCUUCGUGCUGCUCGGUGGAGAAACAGAUGGGGCUGACCGGCUUCCUUUCCUCCAAAAAGGCAUCGUGGCGCAGGUCACUCAAGCUACGGGUGGACUGGGUGUUAUCCUGGAACAUCGAUACUAUGGAACAAGUUUUCCCGUCCACGAUCUUUCUGUUGAGAAUAUGCGCUUCCUAUCCACUGAGCAAGCUCUGGCAGAGAUCGAUUAUUUCGCCAGAAAUGUCGAAUUCGAGGGAAUCGACCAUGAUAUGACCGCGCCGAGAACUCCGUGGAUUGUAUAUGGAGGCUCGUAUGCUGGAGCUCAAGCUGCCUUCUUGCGUGUUGUCUACCCAGAGACCUUCUUCGGAGCUAUUUCUUCGUCUGGUGUGACAAAGGCUAUCUACGAUUACUGGGAGUAUUUCGAGCCAAUUCGCCAAUUCGCUCCACCAGAUUGCGUCAAGGGUACACAACUUGUGGUGGAUGUGGUUGAUAAGAUUCUCAUGGGAAAUAACACGGAUAAAAUUGCUGAGCUGAAGGCUGCUUUUGGUCUCGGCCGUGUUAGUAACAACAAGGACUUUGUGAAUGUCCUAACAAAUGGAAUCUACGGGUGGCAAAGCACAAACUGGGACCCUGAUACGAAUUGGCCGGGUUUCUUCGAAUACUGCACGAAUAUGACAACAACUCUUCUCGAUGACAGCUACCAGUCUCUACGGCCCACCGUCCAGGACCUUCUUCUUACAGCUGGUUAUAAGAAUGACACGGGUUUAGAGAACAUCAUGCUCAAUGCCAUCGGGUAUUUCGGCGUAAACUUCGUGUCUGUCUGCAAGAGCGAAGAUCAGAACGAAUGCUUCACUCUCAACAACGCCACCUACUAUCAACAAGACGACAUUUCCCAAUAUGCCUGGCGAAGUUGGGAUUACCAAGUCUGCACCGAAUGGGGGUACAUCCAAACCGGCAACACUCCUCCGGACAUCAUGCCUCUUGUAUCCCGGCUUCUGGAUAUCCCAUACCUCACUGCCUUUUGCGUAGAUGCAUUCAACAUAUCGACUCCCUCCGACGUCUCCAAAGUCAAUAAGUACGGCGCUUUCGAUAUCGAGUACCCACGCUUAGCCAUCAUUGGAGGAAAUGCGGAUCCGUGGAGACCAGCUACUCCCUUGGCUGAUGCAGCGAAGAAGCGGACUAGCACGACAGAGAAGCCUGUGUUGGAAAUUGCGCACGGCGUGCACCAUUGGGAAGAGAAUGGCAUCUUUCCGAAUCAGACUACGCCGAUUCUGCCACCGUAUCAGAUUGUAUAUGCACAGGAGUUUGUGAAGAAUUUUGUUGUUGAGUGGUUGAAAGACUGGGGUAGCGAGCAUUACGAGUUAUAGAUGUUCGUGCAACGUUUGAGAGGUAGGGAAUGAAUUCUUGAGAAGCAGAGUAGAUAAUAUUCUUCGGAAAGCAAUGGUUAGAAGAUAAUCGCUACGGCAUUCUACAAAUCUUGUGGAUGAUCAGAGCCCCUAUUGAAUGACCUCUCUGACGACCCACUGGAUAUUGUAAAAUGAAAUCUUCCAGACCUUCCAAGGGAUUCAACACAUU